AUGGAUGCAAACGGUACCACCCAAUUUCGUAAGACAAAGUUAAUUGCAGCAGGAAAGAAAUUAGAGCGUCAGAAUAUCAAUUUUACGGUCUUUGACCAUACAUCUGUAAAAGCUAGCUGCACUACAGUAAGUAACAGCUCUUGUGGCACGUACAGUGCUAAGUGCUCUCAUUGGAACUGCACUGGAGUUUAUGUCAAGCCUAAGGAUAGUCGGAAAGAUACUUUGGAUGGCAUAAAGAGAAUUUCAUAUGCUCAUAUGAUUGAGUUGUUGCUAUGGCAGGGAGUACUCAAUAAAAGUUUACUGCCUUGUCCCAGAACUGUAGUGAAAAUUCCAGAAGCAAUCAUCAGAGCAAACAUUGCUCCAAAAAUUGUGUCACCAUCUGUUGCUAUUGAGGAAUUUUUAGCAAAGCAGAAGCGAAGACUAGACAACGUUCGAGGAGAUGGAAACCGUCUCUUUAGAUCUUUGAGCAAGCAGCUAUUUGGCACCGACUGUUGGCAUGUAUCCCUCAGGAUGUACAUUUCCGAUGUGCUCAUCAUGAACAGCGACCGGUACAAUGUAAUGUUUAUACCCUAUCAGCAAACAUUAAUAUUCAGCCAGCACCUCAAAGCAAUACAGAAACUUGGCACUUGGGGAUCACAAGUCGAAAUUCAGGCAGCUAGUGACUGCUUUCAAAUACCCAUUUUUGUUUGUUCGCCUCAUCCACAAAGUCAGGAAAUCAGGCUUCAGGCCAAGGCAAUAUCCAAAACAACCUGUUUUAUCAUGCCACCCACUUCAGUGCCUCCCACACACUAUCAAUAAUUUAGAACUUGCUCACACUGGUUGCCACUAUGAUAGUAUAAUUGGUACACCUCCCGGCAUAAAGCUUCAUAUGCCACAACUUUCAACAGAAAAUCUCAGUGAAAAUCAGAAACUUAUCAGCAGUGCCACCAACAAAUGACAUCGACAGUCACAGUAAAACAAAGCAUACCUAGAAACUCUAGCUUAUUAAUUAAAGUUUUUGCAGCUAGCAAACAAGGCAUCAUAAUUUACUGCGUACUUCAGUGCACUGCACUACUACACUCUGACACAGACAAAGA